GAAUAUAAUGGACAGUGUGGAGAAUACUGCUACGAUUAGGCGGUACGAGAAUUUUCCGUCGUAUGGGCCUUUUUAUGGAGUAAUGGGCGUAUCUGCAGCCAUGGUUUUAUCGUCGUUUGGAGCUGCUUACGGAACCGCAAUAUCUGGUACUGGGAUAGCAGCAACAGCAGUCAUGCGACCGGAACUGAUUAUGAAAUCUAUUAUACCCAUUGUUAUGGCUGGAAUUAUAGCGAUCUAUGCCAAGGGAUAUGUGCAUCUAGCUGCUGGUUUGUCUGUGGGCAUGUGUGGACUAGCUUCAGGUUAUGCUAUUGGAGUAGUUGGCGACGUCGGGGUCCGCAAUACCGCCUUACAGCCUCGAUUAUUUAUUGGAAUGAUUCUCAUUUUAAUUUUCGCAGAGGUCUUGGGGCUUUAUGGAAUGAUUGUGGCAAUUUACCUUUAUACUAAAGAUAUUUCUUAAAAUAUUACAUUAUGUUGUUCUAAAAGAUAUCUAAUACAUAUGCAUUUUUGUGCCUUGGUAAAAUU